AUGAGUGUCUUGGGAGACCCGCCCCAGCCUACAAUCCCCACCCUCCCCCUCACUACACCCAAAAGAGGCAAGAAGACGCCUCAGGAAGUUCUCUCUGAAUUCUGGGACAAGUUUCAUACCAAGAAACCUGGGAAAGUUACUUCUAUCUUCCCAAGAAGCCUCUACCAGGCUAUCCUGCCUCCAAACUACCCCGCCGGCGCCAGAUCGUCCCGCAAUGCCGCUGAAAGCUAUGAGGCAGCGGCCAAGGAGUGCCGUGAGAAGGUCAAGCGCAUUGUGCGAGAAUGUCAUCGCACCAAUGAAAAGUUUACAGAUCCGGACUUCGAUAUUGAGCACGAUGACGAAAAUAAUUGUUUGAAUGGUCUCGUCACCGAAGGUGGCGGCAUUGAGUCUUCCCCAGAAUCUCAACCACCUGUCAGUGCGUGGGAAGUGAAGAACAGUCUUGAGACUCUGGCUCAGAGCCAAGUUCUAGGGGGCAGUGGAAGGAUCCCCAUGGAUGCCAAUGCCCUGGGCCGCAUCAUUGGUAGUGAUGGAGGCCAAGGCUUGUCCUUUGGCGUGGGCGGAGGUGGCUGGGCAAACACAGGUGCUGUACAUCGCGUGGACUGGAUCUUUGAAUCUCCGCAGUUCACUGUCAACGGUUACUCCAGCUCUGAUAUCAAGCAGGGCAGUCAUGGAGACUGUUGGUGGCUGGCAGCAGUGGCUACGAUCGCGCACCGAAAGGAUAUUAUGGAAAGAGUGUGUGUCGCUCGCGACGAGGAGUGUGGAGUGUACGGCUUCGUAUUCCAGCGAGACGGCGAAUGGAUAUCUACUGUUGUUGAUGACAACCUUUACCUGAAAGAAACAGACUUCGACUAUUACGGAGACGUCUACGACGCAACCGGCAAACGGGCGCGGCGACAUCGCAAAGAGAAGCAGACAGGUUCUGAAGCAUUAUACUUUGCUCAUUGUGAGGACGAAAAUGAGACAUGGCUGCCUCUUCUUGAGAAGGCAUACGCUAAAAUUCAUGGUGACUACGAAGCAAUUUAUGGCGGAUGGCCUGGUGAGGCUGUUGAGGACAUGACGGGUGGUGUCACGUCCACGGUUGAGUCCAAUCGAGUGCUGAGUAAGGACAAGCUAUGGAAAGAACUCGCCAACAGUGACGGCGAAUACGUUUUCGCACUUGCUGCUAUGGGCCAAGGUUGGGACUGGACGCGCAGUGGCUUGGCUCUGGGGCACGCCUACAGCAUACUCCAAGCAAGGGAGGAAGUGGACGAGGAAGGCAACAAGGUGCGCCUCGUGCAGAUUAGAAACCCUUGGGGUGAGCGCGGCUGGAACGGUAUUGGUGAAUGGAACGGCCCUUGGUCUGAUGGCUCGAAAGAAUGGACGCCAUACUGGUUGAAGAAAGUUGGCCACACAUUCGGAGACGACGGUGUCUUUUGGAUGUCAUUCAAAGACAUGCUCGAUAAUUUCAUGUACAUUCACCGUACACGUCUUUUCGAUGAGAAAUGGACGAUCGUCCAGCAGUGGACAAGCGCCAACAUCUCCUGGGUCACUGGCUAUCUUCAGACUAAAUUCCAGGUAGAAGUCAACGAGGCUGGACUCGUGGUUAUAGUUUUGACGCAGCUCGACGAUCGCUAUUUCAGAGGCUUCGAAGGUGAAUACCUCUUUGAGUUGCACUUCCUUCUCCGCGAAAUAGGGGCAUCGGCUACUGAGCAUAUUUGCCGCGUCCGGCCUGUCAAAUUGUGGAAAGGUCGUUCUGUAUCUUGCGAGAUUCACCUCGAACCCGGCAAAUACGAAGUACUUCCAAAAAUUACUGCUACUCGCAAAGAUGGUUCCAAGCCGGUAGAGGAUGUUGUGAGGGAACACGCUGAGAAGAACCCCCAGAAACUUCGACAAGUUGGUAUAGGCAUUAACCCAAAAAAGAUGGCAUACGACCUUGCCCAUGCAAAAGGUGGUGUUCCCGACGAAGAUGAGCUUCUUGAAGCCAAGAAGGCCGAAGAGAAGAAGAAGAAAGAUGAGAAGAAGCGGAAGCUUAAAGAGAAGCGCAAAAAGUCAAAAGCUAUUUCUAAAGCAGCUGAUGCCAUGGAGAAAGCUGCGGAUGCCAUGAAAGAAAUCGCCAAUGCUGAGAAGAAGUCGACCGAAUCGAAGAAGGAUCAAAAUGGUAAGACCGAUGCCAAGCCAACGGAUUUGAAGCAAGGUUCAAAGUCAACCAUUGAGAACACAACCACAACCGAAAAGCCUGUUGACGAGCCAAAAUCCGCUACCGAGUCUAAGCAGGACCCUACACUCGCAGCCGGACCGUCUGCUGCAUUAUCGACACCUGUUGUGACCAAAAAUGAUGGGCCGACGUCAUCUGAGCAAGGCAGUUCGGUUCAAGCACUUCCAAGUGACCCAUCUGCCUCAGCACUUGCUGAGGGCAAGUUGAAUGAUUCAGAAACUACGGAAGAGGUUUCCAAAUUAGGAGAGACAAAGGAUGGUGAUGCCAAGGAUGAGGACGAUGAUGAAGAUUCUGGUUCCGAGUCCGAGAAGGAGCCGGAUGACGACGAUGAUGCGCCCACAAACCCAUGGAAUGCCGUCGCCGUUAUUGGGCUACGAAUCUACACCCGUGACCCGGAAGUCACCAUCUCUUUACAGUCGGCUAAGACCGAAGAAGCCACAGCGCUGACAGUGGAAGGCGAGCCUGCAGGCGCCACUGUCUGA